AUGGACGCCUUUGUUCAACAUGAUCAACGACCAGCCAAAAGACCAAGGCUGUCCCCGCCUGAACCAGGCUCAUAUGUUCUCCGCAACGUCCUGGACGAUAUUCCGUUGGCGACUGAGGAUGGAAAUACACAAGUGUCAAUUACUUGUGUAGAAUACUGGAACAACAAUUUAUAUAUUGGAACCUCGGCGGCCGAAAUUCUCCAUCUUGUUUCGAUCACCUCCGAUCAGGACGACGACAAUGCUCCUUCUACAUUUAUCCUCGCUUCUCGAUUGCAACCCAGUGGCCAUGCCGCGUCGACAGAAUCUCCAACCACCCCGGGUAUUCAACAGAUCCUCGUCCUUCCCGGACCAUUAAAAGCCUGCGUCCUCUGCAAUGGAGUCGUAUCUUUCUACUCCUUGCCCGAGUGUAGUCCAGCAUUUCCUAAUAGGGAGCCUACUGGUGUCCAGUGGAUCGGGGGCAUUGAUGAAAACCAGGACAAGGAAAAUCCAGAGGGUCCGGUGGUUAUGAUUGCAAACUCAAGAAGAAUCCUGCUUGUCCGCGUCGGUGAGAAGCUGAGACCGAUCAAAAAUAACAUUGAAUAUCCAGGCUGUCUCCGGUCAAGCAGGCGAGAGACAAUUGCAUGUGUGGCCGAUGACACGAGUUAUGCUCUGUUGGAUGUUGAACACCAACAGAAGAUCCCUCUAUUUCCCAUUUCCUCACAAGCGUCAGAAGAAGACGACUCCAUCAACGAGGGUGGAGGAAGAUCCCUUGUUCGCUCUGCUCCUCCCGUUGACUCAGGGGGUCAUGGCAGAAGCACCAGCAUGGGAAAUUUGAUCACCCCGACUCAGGGCGGACGAGAGAGCUCUCAAGGAUUGCAUGUCGAAUCCUCAAAUAGCGACCAGUUCACAUCUCCCACUCCGAAUUCGCCAUAUUUAGACCCCAGUAGCAACGAGACCGAGCGACCCAAGGCUAGGCCUCGUGCUUCCACUGAAUCCCUCCCGACGAAGUCGAAUGUCAAUACUACUGACCAGCAAAGCUUGAAGCGUCUCAGGCCUCACAUUCUCUCACCAUUUCCAACCGAGUUCAUGUUAACUACCGGCACCAGUGAAUCGGAACCGGGCGUGGGGAUGUUUGUCAAUUUGGAUGGCGACGUUGUGCGAGGCACCAUUGAAUUUGAAAUUUAUCCGGAAGAUCUGCUGGUUGACAAUUUUUGGACCCCCGAAAACGCGGGUGCGCCUAUCGCUGAAGAUGAAGGCCAAAUUGUUGUCGCUCUGCUCAAGGAGGCCCGAGAAGGCACCACGGAACGGAAGUUGGAAAUCCAACCGGUGGAGAACGCGUCUGAGUUGACUCACCCACGCACCCUCGUGGACAUUCCGUCCGAUACGAUGGCGAAACCUUAUGGUGGCUUGACACACACAUUGAGCACUCAUCGUCAUUACUUCCAAAUUGUCGGGGAGCUUCUGCAACUUGUACCAUUAUCAAUCAACUCCUUGGGAAAUCUUCGUGACCAUCACGAUGACGACCCAAGGACUCAAUCCGCGGUGGAACAAUUGGAGCAAGAACGAGCCUUGUUCGAUAGCCAAUCUUUGUCAACUCCAGUAGAGCCUUCUCUUGAACUCGUCAGCAAACGUGCUGCAGAGGAAACGAAACUAGCUGGUCGAUUCGGACGAGCGCUUACCCGAAACAUCGUGUGGCAUGGAAAACAAUUGUUAAUGAUUCUCCAAAAUCCUCUGAUCUCACAGUUAGAAUAUCGCCUGAGGCAGCAUAUGGUUGACAGCCAGCCUGAAAGCGUCAAACCAGGUCAGAUCUUUGGUUUUUUGGCCAGCAUUCAUGGUCGAGAGCCGAAAGACGAGACGGAAUUCUUGACGCUGAAUUAUAUUAGACAAAAGGCAAGCCUGAUAUUGUUUUUACAUCUCGAAACUCAAUUCUCCGCUGCUUCAAGCCUCGAAGAUAUGUUCAGAGCGGUCGAAAAUACCCUCCACGAUGGAGGAAUCGAUCCCCGGAUUGUUCUUCUUUUGGCACCUCCCCUUUCGUCCGAAGUAUUAUACGGACCGGAAGGUAUAUGGCUUCAUCAGGGAAUGGCCGAUCUGCUGAGCACCUUUAAACCUCCAAUUUCGAAUUUCGAGGACGCACCCGUUGAAUUUUGGAUGAUGAUCCGACAUUUUCUCAUGCUAUGGCAGGAAAAACGUGGAUAUGGUAGCAUUACGGAUGAAAAGAAUGUGUUUGAUUCUGUCGAUGCUGCACUCCUUCAUGUUCUACUUCAUCUCGAUCAAGUUCUCCCGGCGGACAGUCCUGCUCAAAAAUCAGUCAGGACCAAAUUGAAUAACGUGGUCGACCAUUGGAAGGGUGAUUUCGAUCGAGCAACUUUGCUCUUGGAAAGAUAUGAUCGUCUUUUCGUUCUAAGUCGACUUUAUCAGAGUAAGAAGCAAGCUCGCGAUGUUCUGGGAACCUGGAAGCGAAUUAUCAAUGGAGAAAAAGAUGUCGACUACGGGUCCAACGCCGGAUACAUUGAAGCCCAGCUGAGACGGUAUUUGACAGUCAUUCGGGACGCCGAUCUGGUUCAGGACUAUGCUCUGUGGCUUGCUCAGCGCAACCCGGAGCUUGCUGUUCAGAUCUUCGCAGAUGACAAUGCACGUGUCAAAUUCAGCCCUCAGCAAGUGGUUCCGCUCCUCAAAGAACAAGCACCCGGAGCGGUCCAACAAUAUUUGGAGCAUUUGGUAUUCGGCAAACAUCUCGAUAAGUACGCCGAUGACCUGAUCGGAUACUAUCUUGACUCUGUCCUGACUGUUCUGGAGAAGUCGGCAGCAGCUCGAACAUCACUGGCAGAGAGUUAUUCAACCUACCGCGCUCUCGAGUCUCCCAAGCCCACGUAUCUGGAUUUCAUCAACCAAAAUGCUCCAGCAGAGACAUGGUGGCAGUCGCGACUACGUUUGCUCCAGCUUCUGGGUAGUGGUGCAUAUUCAUCGCGCGGCGAUGCAAGCAAAGACCUAGCUUAUUCGGUCCCAAUGGUCUUGGAGCGAAUGGCCCCAUUUUCCUCCUACCUCGUUUCCGAAUCAAUCAUCCUCGAUGCUCGGCAAGGACGACAUAAAGAGGCCUUGCGUCUGUUGACCCACGGUCUGGGCGAUUUUGACACCGCAACACGAUAUUGCUACUUUGGCGGUCCGGCACCUGCAUACCCCCAGACCAUCGACGCCAGUGCAUUACCAUCAAGGGAAGUGCAGCGAGAGCUUUUUGAUUUCCUGUUCCAUGAGUUCCUUGUCAUCGAAGACGUAGAGGAGCGCCUUGAGCGCACAAGUCACCUUCUCGGCAAGUUCACUACUUUCUUUGAUCCGCUUGCGAUCCUCCAGGACAUCCCGGAUGAUUGGAGUGUCAGGAUGCUGUCGGAAUUUCUGCUCAGGGUUUUCCGCGCCGCCACCACCGAAAGGAACCAAGCGGUGAUAAUCAAGGCGCUGAGCGCGGCGCAGAAUCUGCAGAAACAAGUCGAAUUCAUCGAUGUUUGCGAGAAGAUGGGUGCACGGUUUGACCGAGGCCAAAGUGCAUCUCCGUCAAUUGAAGUUGACGGUAACUGA